UUUUCUUGCCCCGAUUCAGCGCGAUAAAGUACCGGUUUGUCUUGCAGGUGGCGCUUAUUUACAAAGACCCGAGUAUAGGGAACUCUAUGACGGUAUCUUUAGUGAGGAUUAUGACCUUAGAAGACGAUCUUCUGGAUGAGGAAGAGGAAGAUGAGAAAAAGGACGGAAAGUCAGCUUCUGCGAUGCUGCACAGAUUUUGCAAGUGGCAACAGAACCACAACGACAAGGACGGUGAAGGGCAGGGGCACUUCGACACCGCCGUGCUUCUUACCAGGGAGAACAUCUGCCGUAACCCGGCUCUGCAGCGGUGCGACACGCUGGGCCUGGCCGAGCUGGGCACCAUGUGUGACCCACGCGCCUCCUGCUCAAUCAUUCAAGACAACGGCCUCAGCGCCGCCUUCACCGUGGCGCACGAGCUCGGACACGUGCUCAACAUUCCACACGACGAUGACUCCAAAUGCCUGCCGUACAUGAGCGUCGACAAGAUGCACUUCGUCAUGUCCCGGAUGCUGGACCACAACACGUUCCCCUGGGCUUGGUCCAACUGCAGCCGCCACUAUCUCACCGAGUACCUCGACGCCGGGUACGGUGACUGUCUGCUAAACUCGCCCAACACCAACUACCUGCGCAACACGGGCCGCGGAGCACGCACAGACCUGGCAGGCGAGACGUAUGACGCCAGCCAGCAGUGCAAGUUCGUCUUCGGGGACCAGUUCGAGAUCUGCUCCUACAUGCCGGUCUGUAAGCGGCUGUGGUGCACCUCCGGCGAGGAGGAGGCCGGCUGCCGCACGCAGCACAUGCCGUGGGCGGACGGCACCGCCUGCGGCCCGGACAGGUGGUGUCAGCGCGGCGAGUGCCGACCGCGCUCGCCGCAGGCCGACACCGUGCACGGCGCCUGGGGCGAGUGGGGCGAGUGGGGCCGGUGCUCGCGCACUUGUGGCGGUGGCAUCCGCCGCUCCGAGAGGAGCUGCAACUCACCGACACCCUCCAACGGCGGCAGCUACUGCCUGGGGCGACGCGUCAGGUACGAGUCCUGCAACCGUCCCAACUGCCCGGCCGGCAGCACCGACUUCCGGGAGGCGCAGUGCGCCACCUUCAACGGCAACAACUUCAACAUCCAGGGCUUGCCAGCCGACGUUGAAUGGGUACCAAAGUACACCGGAAUCAAGACAAAAGACCGCUGCAAGCUGUUCUGCCGCGUGGCCGACUCUAGCGCCUAUUACCUGCUUAAUGAGCGCGUGCUGGACGGCACGCCGUGCACCCCGGACACGGACAACAUGUGCGUCAACGGCAUCUGCGUGCCGGCCGGCUGCGACCACAUCCUGCACUCGGACGUGCGGGCGGACAAGUGCGGCGUAUGCGGCGGCGACAACUCCACCUGCCACGUCAUCAAGGGCUACUUCGACAGCAGCAACCACCAGAUCCGCUACGGCUACAACAGGGUGGUGCGGGUGCCGGCCGGCGCCACCAGCCUCGACAUCAGGCAGAUGAGCCACGACGACACGAGCCGGGACGACAAUUACCUGGCGCUCAUGGACCCCGACGACGGCGAGUACAUCCUCAACGGCAACUUUGUGGUCAGCAUGUUCAAGAAGGUGAUGCAGUACGGCGGCGUGCUGCUCGGCUACACGGGCUCCGACUCGGUCACUGAGCGCGUCAACUGCAGCAAGCCGCUGGAAAAAGACCUUGAGCUCUAUGUGCUGUCUGUGGGCAAGCUGCGCUCCCCCAACGUGGUGUACGAGUACACCGUAUCCGUGGGAAAGAAGGAGACAUAUCACUGGCGGCGCCAUCCCCAGUGGACGGAAUGCAACAUGGUCUGUAACGGCACCCAGUACAAGGACGUGGAGUGCGUUCGCAAGUCUGACGCAGCGCCAGUGUCGGAGAGCCACUGUUACCCGACGCCGCGGCCCGACCGGCUCGAGACUCCCUGCAACACUCACUGCACGCUCAUCUGGAAGGUGACCCACCAGUCAGAGUGCUCGUCGCCCUGCGGCGCCGGCCAGCGGCGCAACGUGGUGCGCUGCUUCCAGAGCUUCCCGCUCUUCGAGAUGUCGCCCAUCAGCGAGCAGUACUGCCAGCACAUCACACCGCGGCCGCCGGCGGUGGAGGCGUGCCAGGGCGCGUGCGACCCCACGCACUGGCGCUUCGGCGACUGGUCCCCGUGUUCCCGCACAUGCGGCGGCGGCGUCCAGAACCGCAGCGCUGUGUGCGUGACCAGCUCCAACCAGCCGCUGGCCGACUCGCGCUGCAACCAGGCGGAGCGGCGCUUGACGCGACCCUGCGGCAGUGCCGAGUGCCCCGGCUGGCGUGUCGGCAACUGGAGUGCCUGUUCCAAGACGUGCGGCGCGGGCCAGCGGCUGCGGCCGUACUGGUGCGCCCGCGGCGACAGCUACGUGGCGCAGUCGUACUGUGACCCGACGCUGGCGCCCUCCCAGACGCAGCCCUGUGAGAUGGCUGCGUGCGCGCAGUGGCGCGCGCUCGCCUGGGACGAGUGCUCGGUGUCCUGCGGUCAGGGAGCCAGCCGCCGCUCGGUGAUCUGCACCACGCCCGACGGACACCGCAUCGACGACUCGCUCUGCGGCGGCGACCGGCCCAAGAUGACCCGCGCCUGCGAGCGGCCGCCCUGCCCGCUGGCCACCACCACCACCACCGCCGCGCCGCCCUGGCAGGACCCGGCAGCCAACAGUAUCAACGACUACCGUCACUUCGUGUGGCGCUGGGGCAACUGGUCGGCGUGUUCCAAGACAUGCGGCCUCGGGGUGCACCUGCGCUCGGUGGCCUGCUACAACACGCGCAGCGGCCACGUGCAGCCGAAGCGAGCGUGCCAGCACAUCGAACGUCCGAUCGAGACUGAGCGGUGUCGGGUCGGCUUCUGUGGCAAGUGGCUGCACGGCGACUGGUCCAAGUGCUCCACCGACUGCGGACAGGGGCUGCGAAAGCGCCAGGUCAGCUGCGUCUCCAUCAGCACAAACGCCCGACUGCGGGCGCGCGAGUGCGACAACAGCACGCGGCCGGCACCGCGCGAGGCCUGCCCCUGGGUCGACUGUCCCGGCAGCAAGAGCGCGCUCAGCCAUGACGAGCCGAGCAGCGACUGGGUCACCGGCGCCUGGGGCGGCUGUUCGCGGACGUGCGGCGGUGGCUUCCAGCAGCGGCAGGUCAAGUGUCGCAGUGGCGAAGGCGCGACCGGCUGCGACCCGAGCACGCGGCCAAAGCCGACCGCCUACUGCAACACUGACCCCUGCCCGCAGUGGAACACCGGCCAGUGGAGCGAGUGCAACGCCACGUGCGGCAGUGGAGCGCGCCUGCGGCGCGUGCGCUGCCAGGACCAUCUGGGGCGCAUGCUGCCGGACCACAAGUGCAGCUCGACGGGCCGGCCGGCCGACAGCCGCCGCUGCCGGCUGCCCACCUGUCCCAGCUCCCGGCAGGAGGUCCGCCGGCGCUUCAGUUGGCGCGUCUCCCGCUGGUCCAAGUGUUCGCAAAGGUGCGACGCCGGGUUCAAAGUGCGCGCGGUGGCUUGCGUGAACGCGGCCAGCGGCAGGACAGUGGCGCACGGCUACUGCACAGAGCGCAAGCCGCGCGCCAAGCGGCGCUGUCGUCGCCGGCCCUGUCCGUUCCGAUGGGUGCCGACCGCCUGGUCCGAGUGCUCCAGGUCGUGCGGCUUGGGCGUGCAGUACCGGCAGCUGUCCUGCCACCGACUCAACAUGUUCGGUUGGCUCGACCCGGAGCCUGCGGCCGCCGCGCUCUGCCCGCCCGCUCGCCGGCCCCGCUCGGCGCGCAAGUGCCACCGCUCCUGCUCCGCCCGACACCGCUGGAAGGCCGGGGAGUGGUCCCAGUGCUCCGAGUCAUGCGGCCGCUACGGGCUCAAGAACAGAACGGUUCGCUGCAUGAACGCCAGGGGCAAGCGGGUGUCUCGCCGCCACUGCCUCAAGUCGGAGCGGCCGCGGCGCCGCAAGCGGUGCAACCGGCGCCCCUGCGGACCUCUCUCCUGCGCGGAGGUUCGGGAGAAGCGCCGGCAGCUGUCGGACGGCGAAUACUACCUGAUGGUGGCCGGCGCCAACAUCUCCAUCUACUGCCACGGCAUGAACGGCUCGCAGCCGCCGGUCGAGUACCUCACCCUGCCGUCCAAGCCCAACGACUUCUACUCAAACUUCGCCGAGAUCGACGAGAAACGCCUGCUGAACCCGGAGACGUGUCCCUACAACGGCAGCCGCGUGAGCAGCGCCCGCUGCCGCAAGUGUGUCCAGUCUCGUAGCCCGCACGCCGGCCUGACCGUGUUCACCAGGGUCCGGCUCAACAUCACCUCCCUCAACAUCAUCCCGCGCGACUUUUCGUUCGCGCAGCAGCGGCGCGGACGACCAGUGCACUUCGGUGAGGCCGGCGACUGCUACUCGUCGUCCGGCUGUCCGCAAGGCAGGUUCGGCAUCAACCUGAGCGGCACGGGCCUGCGCGUGGCCUCCACCACAAACUGGGUCGGUGUCGGCAACAAGCCCACCGUUCGCAUCACCAAGAAUAGGGACCGGACAGUGGUGAAGGGCACGUGUGGCGGCUACUGCGGCACGUGUCGCGCCGAUUCGCCUGGCGGCAUAAAACUAGACGUCGCGCCCCCCUGACCUCCAGGGCUGUAGCGGCAAUUACCGGUCUUUCAUCUGUACAUACCUCGCGCACAUCUCACCGUUAGAGGAGCGCCUAGUCACGCGCCGACGACGGCGGCCCACGCCGCGGCCGGCAGCUACCCACCCCUCGCCCGGCGGGCCGCCGAGACUGAGAGAGGCGGGGCGCGCCGCGCCGCAC